AUGGAAUGGGAUUGCAAUGAGGCUGAAUUGGGCCAAGACGGGUGGGCUUGUGGUGAGGCCGAAUUGGGCCCAGGCAAGGGAGAUAAUUUUUGGCCCAAUAUGCCUUCUCUUUGUUCAGAAAUGGUCUCGAUACCAAUCAGGUUGCGAGCCAUAAACAUACGACUGCCUCCUCGGGCGGCACCGCCGCCGUCGGGCGUCUACCGUCAAGUUCCAUGUCGCCAAUGCAUGCCAGAAAAUCGUCCGCCACCAUAUUCUUGGCCACAUCUUCUUCUUUCUCCAGCUAGCCGCCCUAUAGCACCACGCUGCCGCUUCGAUCGGAAAACUCACGCCACUCGUACUUUUGACCACCCUGCAAAGAGCCGCCGCGACCGUCGGAGCAGCUCGCCACUGACGCUCGCAGCCGCCGCAUGCGCUGCCGUGCGCUCAGAGCACGAUGCUAACGUUUUUAAAAUUGUAGAUUGGUCCCUAAAACCACGUCUAACUCCACCCCCAACACAAACCGGAUACCUUAAACCCACUCAAACGGACAAGGGAGCCGCCACAUCGAAAAAACUUACCAAUCCAAUACCAAGAAAGGAAAUAAUAGGGGAAAAGCCAAGCCCUGCCUCUGCCCUGGCCACAGCCGCUGGACACCGGCUGGAGCUCGCAACGUCGAUGUCGCCCACAAGCCGACGAAUCGCCACCAACCCCGCCAUGGCCAACCAAGUAAGAGGGGAAGCACCACGUCAGAGGAGGACUGAAGACCCACAAGGAAACAGCAUUGCCGGCGCAAGAGUUGGACGAAAGGGUAGGUUACGAAGCACCCGUGGAGGGAAGACACAAAAGGAAAAAUAG